AUGAAUCGACUAUCUUUAUUUUGGUUUAUUACUAUUCUAAUAAUAAAGACAAUAAUCAUUUCAAAAGUAGCAGAAACAUCGAAAGUUAAAAAAUCGGCACAAUCUGUCAAUGCAUUGAUUGUUGUUGACGUUCAAAAUUGUUUUAUAAAUGGAAAUCUUUCAUUAUUAAAAGCUUCCGCUGGUCAAGAUGGUGCUGAAGUUAUUCCUAUUAUAAAUAAUUUAAUUCGUACCAUUCCAUUUGAUGUUAUUGUUUAUACACAGGAUUGGCAUCCAUCGAAUCAUAUAUCAUUUUUCGAAAAUCUUCACUUUCGUAGACAGUAUUUAGCAGGUAAUCAAAAUCGAACAAUAAAAGUGUUCGAUACAGUAAAGUAUCUUGGUCCGAAAUAUAAAACAAAACAAGUUCUAUGGCCUGUACACUGCAUACAAGAAACAGAAGAUGCAGCAUUACACAAGGAUCUCGAUGUUAUUUCAUCGCCAAACACAGUUAUUCAUAUAAAAAAAGGCACUGAUCCUGAUAUUGAAAAUUAUUCAGCAUUUGUUCAUAAUCAAGGGAUUAAGAAUUCUGAAUUAAACAAGAAGUUGAAAGAACAAAAUGUUACACAAGUUUUUAUUGUUGGAUUGGCUACAGAUUAUUGUGUAGCAGCAACGGCUCUUGAUGCUUUCAAUUUGAAUUAUAGAACAUACAUUGUUCAAGAUGCGACUAGAGGUAUUUCCUUGCCAACGAUCAAAGGUCGAUUGAAUAGAUUACAACGACGUGGAGUCCAUUUUAUUCGGGUGAAGAAAUUGAAAAAAUUAAUCAAUAAGACCAAUGACAAACAGAGAAAGAUGUUGAUAAAUGACGAACUGUGAUCGACAUGAUGAAGUUUUAAUCAACUAUUAACUAUUCUUUAUAUUUGCUUCUUAAAUUGCAUGAAAAUCAAUAGUUCAACAAAAUUUUUAGUUUUUAGUUCUUAUAGAUGUUUAAAUAAUAAUUAUUUUCUAAAUUUUAGUUAAAAAAUUCAACUUUUUUACUUGAAAAAUAUUUAUUUUAUCAUAGGCUGCUCUGUUAGUUCUAAUCUAAAAUAUUAGAAGUCGAUGGAAAGUGUGAAAAUAAAUAAUAAGAUCUGUGUUGAUGAUCAAAAUUAAUAAAUGAGAAAUAUAUUUGCAUCGUGUUUAAAUUCAUAUAUUUCAAAAGUAAAAAUGAAUUGUUUUUAAUGUAUGAGCGCAUCGUUAUUAAACAUUAACACGAAAUAAAACAAAACAGAAGUAAUCCUGUAUCGUUACCAUCGACGUUUGUUUUUUUUUUUCAGGUAAAAAUUUCCUUCAACGUAUAUUGAAGAUGAAGUGUUUCAUGAGGUAUCAACUAAAACAUCCGAAAAAAAUGUUUCUAUGUUGCAUAAAACUUUCAAUUUUUGUAGACCAUGUGAAUUUAACAUUCUUUGUAAGACGAAUUUUUUUAAAUAUCAUUAAUAAAAGUCAAUGAGUCGGAUGUUUAAAAGCAAAACUUACCAAUUAUAUAUCAAUAUCUAAUGUAAUUGAUGAUUUUACUGCUAAGCCAUCAGUUUCGUCUUUCCAGAAAACAUUAGUUUCAAUAAUUUUUUUUGUAGUAAAACUGCAUAAUAUAUUAUCUUCUGUGUGUAUGCAACUUUUUUAAAAUGAAAUUGAGAACACUUAUCCUACAGAUAAUGUUAGGCACUGAUACUAUACGAAACUUGAAAGUUUUAUACAAUUUGGGAGCACUAAUAAAUUUUUUUUCGUAGCGAUCCCAUUGAAUACUCGAGACAAGGGUAUUGCAAAUAUUUGGAGGUCAAUGAACUCUUAUGUUAUAUAGCUAAGGACACCUUAGUUGUUUGAGGUGGAUCUAAUUGGCGAAAUCCUUAUAAUAUCACAAAAAAAAAUAUACAUAUACACCAUGUUUAUUCAGGAAGAUAACGAAGCGCGAAAAAUGGUUCUUAAGUAAUGUGAGUUUCAACGGUUAAAACAAUAUGAUUUGUCUUUGAAAUAACUUCUAACUAUUGAAAACGUUUUGCCUUUUAACAUGUUACUCCUUUUUACAAGGAUAAAAUUGAAAUAUGUGUCAUGAUUCAAAUUUCAUUACAUAUAAAACAAUUUAGAAAGCUUGAUUGAUGUAGUUGCAAGCGAGAAACAAAAAUAAUUAUAAGAACGUUAAAAUACAAUAAAAUAACAUUUUGACUUUUUUUUUGAAAAGAUACACAUACAUUUAUUGAUUCGACUCAUACCUUAAGGUUAUUUUUAUAGUUUAUCAAGUGUAUAUUGUUUGUAAACUGGUAAUACGAUUUGAUGCUGUUACUGCGAAAUGAAUCAUAUUUAAACAAAACAGUUCUACUCUUAUUUAUAGAAUAUGUCAUUGAUCAAAUAUAAUUCAUUAGCUUUUCAAUUGUUAUUUACAUAUUUUCCUGGACUAAAAUUAUUAAAAUACACUUCACCUAACUAACAUUGUAAUAAACAAAUCAUUUGACGAAGGAAACAUAUUUUCGUAAAAUUAAUUAAAUAGAGAGAAGUUUUUUAUUUAGUUUUCAUUUUUGGAUGUUUUUUGAUGAAGUACGAUACCAAUAUGAAAAUGUUUAUUUUUGUGUGUUUAAUUGGAAUAUUUUGUAAAAAUUUGUAUUAAAUACAUCUUGCGUACUCUCUAGAAGAAAUAGAAGCCUAUCGACAUAAAUCUGUAAAGAAUGAUUGAGGACUAAAUGUGAUUUUCUUUAGCACAUUUUAGGUAGGCUAUGAUAUAUUCGUGUGAUAUGCCGAAACUUUCAUGCAGUACACUCUUAUAUUUAUACUGAAGACUGUGAUAGGUUAAACAAUCAAUAUCCAAUGAUAUAUUUAAUUGUUCUAUUUCGUUGAAUGUAAAACAAAACAAAGAAGAAAAUGUCGAGGAAAAAAAAUAUCGACCAAUAAAUGUGGAACAUUUCGUGGAGGUGUCAUGGAGCUAUAGGCUUG